AUGAUGGCCUCGCGUCUUUUCGCUCCCUCGCGGAGAAUCGGCUUUGCGCUGGCUGCCGGAGUCUUGCUUUUCUCCGUUUUCGCCGUCGCUAAGGAUGUACUAGAUGUCGGGGAGCUCUCGGUCGGACAGAUCGAGGAUGAACUGCAGAACUGUCCCCUGGUGGAAUCACUCAACGAAUACAAACGCGCAAAUAGCCCCCAAACCGCCAGUCUGACAUCCAAGAUCUUCUCUGUCCUCUUCCCCGGCAGUCCCGCCGUCAAUGCCAUUCUAGCCACCGUCUAUAUCUCCGGGCCCCCGAACUUUCUCCUCGCACUAUGUCCUCCCAACAUCGACCCCUCCUCGCUGUCCGUCAUGGUCGCUUUCGCCGUGGGAGGUCUCCUAGGUGAUACUCUCUUCCAUUUACUGCCCGAGAUCUUCCUCGGCGAGGAUGCCCAGGACCAUGUCCGCUUCGUCAUGGUCGAACCCAACCGCAACCUGCUCCUCGGACUCGGCAUCAUGGUCGGAUUCUUCACCUUCGUCGCAAUGGACAAGACGCUGCGCAUCGCAACCGGCGGGGAGGGACACGAUCACUCCCACGGUCACGGACACGCCCACAUCCAUCCCGAGACGAGCACCAACGCUAUAACCAGCGGCGCUGACAAGGGCACGCAGGAUGUCAAGCAGCGCAACAAGAAGUCCAGCACGCAGCAAGAGAAGACAACCUCGACCAAAGACAACAACAAAGAAAUCAACCCCAGCGUCAAACUCGGCGGCUACCUCAACCUGAUCGCUGACUUCACGCACAACAUCACCGACGGCCUGGCCAUGUCCUCAUCCUUCUACGCCUCGCCCACCAUCGGCGCCACCACCACCGUCGCCGUCUUCUUCCACGAGAUCCCCCACGAAGUCGGCGACUUCGCUUUGCUCAUCCAGUCCGGUUUCUCGAAGCGGAAGGCCAUGGGCGCGCAGUUCGUCACGGCUGUCGGCGCCUUUCUGGGCACAUUUAUCGGCAUCGCGGUCCAGGAGCUGGGCGGCCACGGCAGUGGCGAUGCUGGUGCUGCGGAUUCCACGACCGCGGGCCUGCUCGGGACGAGCUUGACCUGGGGCGAUAUGCUGCUACCGUUCACGGCGGGGACGUUCUUGUAUGUGGGCACCGUGUCGGUCAUCCCGGAGUUGUUGGAGACCGGCAAGGACAAGAAGAAGGAGAUCAAGCAGACGAUCAUCCAGUUUUUGGCUGUCGCCGUGGGAGCGGGCAUCAUGCUUGGAAUCUCAUGGGAUUAA